CAUCUCCGGGAAGAGCCAGAUCCUUUUCGCUCUUGUCUUCACCACCAGGUACCUGGACCUCUUCACCAACUUCAUCUCCAUCUACAACACAGUUAUGAAGGUGGUUUUUCUCCUCUGUGCCUAUGUCACCGUGUACAUGAUCUAUGGGAAGUUUCGGAAGACGUUUGACAUUGAGAAUGACACGUUCCGCCUGGAAUUUCUCCUGGUCCCAGUCAUUGGCCUCUCCUUCCUUGAGAACUACAGUUUCACUCCCCUGGAGAUCCUCUGGACGUUCUCCAUCUACCUGGAAUCGGUGGCCAUCCUGCCCCAGCUCUUCAUGAUCAGCAAGACUGGAGAGGCCGAGACCAUCACGGCACACUACCUGCUCUUCCUGGGUCUGUACCGGGCACUCUACCUGGCCAAUUGGGUCAGGCGGUACCAGACAGAGAAUUUCUACGACCAGAUUGCAGUGGUAUCUGGAGUAGUACAAACCAUCUUCUACUGUGACUUUUUCUACUUGUAUGUGACCAAAGUCCUGAAAGGAAAGAAGUUAAGUCUUCCAAUGCCAAUCUGAAGGUUGAGAUGUUCUACACCUUAACAAGGGCAUG